UCAGUACCUCCACGGCCAACCGUCUUGACAGACACCAAAUUGUCUAUAAAAUUUAAAAUCAACUUUAUAACCUUCAAUUAAAGUUCAAAGUUGCGCGUGCGUGUUGUUCUACUGAACUUUUUAUCAAGUGCCGGUUAUUUAGUUGAGGCGAGACCUCCAGACGGAGUGUACGAUGGCGAUGCGGCUCUGCUUGUGUUUGUUUAUGUGUGUGCAAUUAGUGUUGUGUCAGUUUGAGGAAACCUGCACAACGGUAGAGAAUGAGGUGGGCAGCUGCAUCUCGGUGACCGAUUGCCAACCCUACCUGAAGCUGAUCCAGGAGUCGAGGAGCAACCCUAAUGCUUUGCGGCUGUUACGACAAGCACAUUGCGGCUUCCAAGGAAAUAAUCCCAAGGUCUGCUGCCCUCGCCCCGGCAUCCCCACUGGUCUAACCCCCACUCUUCCCCCCACCGAGCCUACCCCAGCGCCCACCCAGCCGACAGAGCCUACUCCAGGUCCGGAGCCUAAGGAGCUAGAGCCUCAGCUUGAAGCUGUGUCGCUACCAGAGGCCCCGGUCUGCGGAGUCAGCAAUGCGUCCUUCAGUAGGGUUGUUGGAGGCAUACCUGCCAAGUUGGGUGACUUCCCCUGGAUGGCGCUGCUGGGUUACAAGGAACGACGAGCCGGCGCCGGCGCACGCUGGCUCUGUGGAGGCUCGCUCAUAUCUGCCCGCCAUGUUCUAACGGCUGCCCAUUGCAUACACACCAGGGAAAAUGAUCUCUACCUUGUCCGCCUCGGCGAGUUGGACCUCGCCCGCGACGACGAGGGCGCGACUCCCGUGGACGUGCUCAUCAAGACCCUCGUCAAGCACCAGGAGUACAGCCCCAAGUCCUUCACCAACGACAUCGGCAUCCUCGUUCUAUCUCGCAACGUGCAGUUUACUGAUUUGAUCCAGCCCAUCUGCAUCCCGCGCAGUGGCGAACUGCGCUCGCGCAGCUAUGAGAACUACACGCCACUCAUCGCCGGUUGGGGUGACACGGAAUUCCGUGGUCCAUCCGCCACGCACCUCCAAGUGCUCCAACUGCCGGUACUCAGCAACGACUUCUGCGCACAAGCAUACUCAGCGUACAAGGCCCAGGUGAUCGACCAGCGGGUGCUGUGCGCUGGCUUUAAGAAGGGGGGGAAAGAUGCGUGUCAAGGGGACAGUGGGGGGCCGCUCAUGCAGCCUAUUUACAACAGCGAGACUCGAACCACAUUCUUCUACCAGAUCGGCGUAGUGUCCUACGGCAAGAAAUGUGCUGAGGCAGGCUUCCCCGGCAUAUACACUAGGGUCACCAACUUUGUGCCUUGGAUAGAAGAGACUGUAGCGAAUAAUUGAGCUGAUAGGAACUAGGAAUUAGCAAUAGCACUCUUUGAAUGAUUUCGGGAUAAAUUUUUGACUAGAAAGUA